AUGUCCUCGCAGGCCGAGAGCACGGCUGGCACCGUCCCCGCUAGGCUGCAGAACUUGUACCACAAGUCCGAAAACGAGAAGUCGGCGCUGCAAGAUAAGUGCCUUGCGCUCGAGGAGCGCUGUACUGCACUAGAGCCUAGCGGCAACGAAUACACGGCGCAGGUACUGCGCUACCCUGUUUUAAUCGCGCAGCUGGCAGACCAGAAGAUGCAGCUAGAGGCUUUCCGCAACCGUAACGCGCGGGUCCGGGAGCUGUCCGAGGCAAACGAGGAAAAGGACGCGCGGAUCGAGGCGCUGGAGGCACGCAACCGUGAGCUGGAGACUUAG